AUGUAUAUUAAUCAUUUUCUGAGUGUCUUAUUGUGGUUAUCAAAAUCUAAGUGUUUAUCAACUGUAGUAUACGAUUUUAUAAAUGUUUUUCGUGUUAUAUUUAGAUAAAUAAAUGUAAUUAUAGUAAACUUAAGCCCGAAAUUUUAAGAAGAGCUUUUGCGACAACUUCAUUCAAUUCAAGAUACAAUAAAAGUAAAUGGAACAAGACUGAUUUGAUCUUUCAAACAAAUCAAUCAAGCAGCAAAAUAAGUGAACAAAAUACAAAGUGAACAAAAUGUGUCAAUUAAUUAAAUUAACAAAAAAGUGAUCGUUCACCAAACAAAUGGAGUCUCGGCUAAUUCGUUUGAUUUUCAGUUUUUUGUUUUCCGCAUAUUUUCUUUUAUUUUCGUACCGAUCGACGUGCAACGCGCAAAACCACAAAAAUGUUGCUGACAAUGCGGCGUCAAAAUGAACUGGUUGUAGCAAGCCAACAGCAUCAGUCAGCCACUUCGUCCGGAUCCCCGUCAGCUGGAGCCACCACUUCACUAGGAUUAUCCGGACAAAAUCUCACUCUAGUACCAGCAGAAGCAGGAACUAUUCCCGGGUCUGCCACUUCACAGGAUUCCUUAAAUACACCCACAACUCCUUUGCUGGGACUCAGUCGCAAUCCACUCCAGUUUGCACCACCACCCGCACCACCCAUCGCGGUGCCCAGUGCUGCAGCAUCCGGACCCACUUUCGGCUAUUAUCAGACUCCGAAUGCUGCACCACCACUUCACCACUCGUCGACGGCCACCUCUGAAGUUACUUCAGCACCACAGCCGUCAGUGGAACUGGAUGAGUACGUAGACAUACUGCAGGUUCAACAACUACUAUUGGACUCAUCGGCGGCAGCAGCCGCGGCAGCGAAUAAUCCUUCGACAGCCGAACCAUCCGUUCAACAGCCACAACAAAAUACUGCAGAGCAACCACAUCAGCAUCAACAUCAGCAGCAGCAGCAACAUCAGCAGCAGCAGCAACAUCAGCAGCAGCCACAACAAAUUCUUGCCAAGCCGCGACCGCGAAUUAAUCUGCAAAAGGCCACCGAGUAUGCUGCUCAACUAGUUCAGGCCGAGUCCUCCUCGCCCGGCUCGCGUCGUGUCCUGCUCGAUUACCCGAGUCCCUACUUGUACGGCAAUCCCUAUCACCACCAUACGCCGCCAGGUGAGGACCUAGUCGCCCUCUGGUUCGGCAGCAAUGGCUCAGGCGGCGUAGCCCCUGGAACUCCAUCAGCUGCCAUGAUCAUGGAAGGGCUUGAAACCCUGGUGGCGCCAACGCAUCACGCAUUCCUGCUCACCGAAACGGCCGCGGCCGCCCACUUCAAUGUGCUGAGCUUCGACACCUGUCUGUUCAAGACGAGCACGGCGGCCCAGAGCAGCGGCAGUCCGUCGACGGCCACCUACCUGAGUCCCGCCCAAUUCGGGGGCAGUCAUCACGGCGGCACCAGCGCCAGCACCAGCAGCCACUCCAUAAACUCCUCCUCGACCGCAUCCUCGUCGUCCACGUCGUCCUCGCUGCUCCACUACACCACCGCCUCGGCAGCCGCCGCUGCUGCAGCUGCCGCCGCCGCGUCCGCCAACAAUUCGGUGCUCCGUGCCCGCAACCAGACGGCCACGCCCACCCAGGGCGGCAGUCCGGGACACGUGGCCGUUCAGCCGAGCGCCACCGCCAGCAGCGGACGCAGCUCGGCCUCCCAUCUCAGCCUGCUGAACACCAGUGGCCAGCACAGCCCCACCUCGUCGGCCGUUGAGCAGGUGGAGGCCCACAAGCAGCUGAUCGAGGCGCUGCCGGGCGACCUGAACACGCCGGUGACCACGUCCAGCGAUAUUCCCUCGUUUUUCGGCCCCAGCACCGUGGUGGAACCACCCCCCAUUACUGGCUCCAUCGAAUCCGAGGAUCUGUCUCUGGAACCCCAGGUGAUAUCUGUGGCCAGUCCCGUGCUGUCGCAUUGCAGUCCGUUGAAGGAGGAGCGCAGCACUCCGCCAGCAUUGGCCAUUGUCAAGGAAGAAUCAAGUAAUAAUAGUUGUAAUAUGUACCCACAACACAACAACAACAACACCACAACAUCAUCAUCAACAACAACAAGCAAACAGACAACAAGCGAAAGCGACAACAGCAACACCGAGUGCGUUGGCUCGCCCGGCAACCACACACAUUCACACCAACAACAGCAACAACAACAACAACAGCUGCAACACAACAACACGAGCAGCAACAACAGCAAUUGCCACCACAGUCACCAACAGCAGCAGCAACAACAACAACACAUGAGCUCCCCGCAACAUCAAUACCAACAGCACCAAAUAUUACACCAACAACAACAAUUGCCAAAUCACCACCAUCAUCAUCAUCACCACCACCACCAUCCCAGUCAGCUACAACUCCAACAACAACAGCAACAACAACAACAGCAGCAACACCAACAACAGCCGCUACACCAACAACAGCAACUGCAACACCAGCAGCACCAACAACACCACCAACAACACUAUCAGCAGCAUGCCAUUCAACACCAGCAAUCACAACAGCAGGCUAGCAAAAUCUCAUAUCGUGGCAUUUUCACCACCACAGGCAACGCGAUGAACGCAGCUGCUGCGGCAGCAGCCCAGCAGCAGCACCAGCAGCAGCAACAGCAACAGCAACUUCCCUCCCCGCAACUGGGCGCCCUGGCCGGACCGAUGUCCCCGCCCUCAAAUAGUUUGGGCAACAGCUGGGGUCUUCCCAGUCCGGACAAGACCAUGUUCCAGCCGCCCCUGUUCAGCCUGCCCGCUCAUUAUGCCACCAUGCAGCAGCAGCAGCAACAGCAGCAGCAACAGCAAGCCGCAGGAGCUGCUCCCUCGCCCUACGACGACGGACGUGCUGCAGCAGCAGCGGCGGCCCAGCACGCCGAGCUCUUGGGUUUGACCAUGGACUGCACACCUCUGUUGCUGAAACAACCGCCACCAACUUACGCCGGAACCUCCGCCGGAUUUCCGGGCCUGGGUGACCUGCACAGCAGCCACGAGCAGCAGUUGCAACAGCAGCAGUAUGCGCGAUCGCAGCCGAAAUACCAAUGGCUGGACUCACCAGCGGACUAUGCCCAGCAGCAGCAACAAGUGCAGCAGGUGCAGCAGGUGCAGCAACAGCAGACUCUGGUGCUGCCAGGGCCCACUUCAUCCGCCAGUUCAAGCAAUGCAGCUCUGGGCGUUUUGAUACCCAAGCAGGAGAACUAUCCCGACAUGCAGCCCAGUUCCAAUGGCACGGGCUAUUCCGGAGGAUCCGGAGGCAGUUCUGCGGCAGCCGCUGCCGCCGCUGCAGCAGCCGCAGCAGUGCAACUGGCCGAGUACAGUCCAUCCACCAGCAAAGGACACGAGAUCCUGUCGCAGGUCUAUCAGCAGAGCACUGUGCCCUUGAAACUGGUGCCCGUGAAGCCGCGCAAGUAUCCCAAUCGCCCCAGCAAGACGCCCGUGCAUGAGAGACCCUACGCCUGUCCGGUGGAAAACUGCGACCGUAGGUUCUCCCGCUCCGACGAGCUUACCCGCCACAUACGCAUCCAUACGGGCCAAAAGCCCUUCCAGUGCCGCAUCUGCAUGCGCAGCUUCAGUCGCAGUGAUCACCUCACCACCCACAUUCGCACCCACACCGGCGAGAAGCCCUUCAGCUGCGACAUUUGCGGCAGGAAGUUCGCUCGAUCCGAUGAGAAGAAGCGGCACGCCAAGGUGCACUUAAAGCAGCGCAUCAAGAAGGAGAAGGUGCGCGGCGAGCAACAGCAGCAACAGCAGCAACAGCAGCAACAGCAGCACCUGCAGCAGCAACAAGAGCAGCAUCACCUGAGCCUGCAGCAGCAUCAGCAGUACCAGCAGCAUCACCUGCUCCACUCCGCUGACUUGGCCAUAGCCACCUCCAGUGCGAGCAUGUAGAGACUAGAGAACUCGGCAUCCAGCAUUGCCAAGGCAAAGACUCCAACUCCAACUGCAGCUCCAACGCAGAAAGUUAGUCUGGCCCUGGCCCUGGAUCUCGACGAGAGCGCCUUUCCCUUCGAGCUGACAUCCGACUACGGCACCCUGUCGCCGCUCACCAGUCCCCGGCAGUUCAACUACGUGUGGGUGGGCCAGGACUCCAGCCAGCCCUUCUUCUACAAGGAUAGCAGCAUCCAGGAGAAGUAGAGCUCAAGAGGUCCAGCAAGAGUCCAGCCAGGGGCAAUCCGUCGAGAGGAGUCAAUCGCUGAUGCUGAAUAAUCACUUAGUGUAUACUGAACUGUAGUCGUAGAAACGGGGUUGUGCUAUCAACAAAAUCUAUGCAAGACAUUAAAUAGUAGAGAAGAUACAAUAUGCUACAGUUAGCCUAGAUAAUAUCACACAUCCAAGAAUGGUCACGAUAGGAAAUCAAGGAAUCUAAAAAUCAAGAAUUUAAGAAAUCGAGCAAGCAAAACAGAGUUACUAACCAUACAAAGCCUAACUAAAGCAAAUUGAUGAUUACUAACUAUAUUCGAUGUAAUUGAAAUGGGAAAAUAUUUAACUUAUGUCUCUAAUACUGUGAUCUCAUGUGUAAUAAUUAUUAAUUUUAAUUUCUUUACAUAACUGCAAGUAACCAGUAAUAAUCUUAAAAAUUAUAAUCCUUUCGCCAUUGCCUAGCUAAUGUUCAUUUUUUAAAAAUGCUAACACAAACUAAACACACAAACACUAAUUUAUUGCAUUUUAAAAUAAUUACACAUAUAUAUCUAUUAUAAUUAUUAACUUAUUAUCUUAAAGGUUUAGAUUUAGGUUUUAACAUUCAGAAUACACAAAAACGAACACACAAAUCUUAGCAUAUCAUUUUUUCCUCUAAGCAUUAUAAAUUGCGUAAGUUCAAAACAAAAGUUACUUUUAAUCGAAAAUCGGAAUUUUCGUGUGCUAGAAACGAGAUACUUGUUUAACGGAAACGUAAUCGGAACAUAAAAUUGAAAAUUAUCCCAGUGUACUUCCUUAAUUGAUUCGAAAUCAAAAUGGCAAAUGGAAAUGAGAUGUUAUUAAACAUUAUACAUAUAUCUUGAAUACGUUUAUGUUCUAUCUACUGUAGAAAACACUUUCUUCUUAGUUUGUAAUGGUUUAUUUUAAGUUGAAUUAAUUUUUAUAUUAUUAGUUUACUUUACCUUGCAAAAUAUAUAACAAUUUUUUAUAAAACAUAUAUCAUUUGCGUUAUUAUUUAUUAGUUCGUUGUUUUUCAGUUCCAAAUUGAUUUUCAAAACGAAAAACGAAUGGUGCAUGCAAAGUAGAUGGUUUCGGCUCGUAGUAUUUGGCAAUAAGGAUCGCAUAAAACGUAAAGAACUUCGUAGGAGUUAGACAAUAGAAAUAUUGAAUACCCAGCAGUACAAGUACAAGAAACCCCAGCAGUCCUAAUUCGAACCUUAUUCCAAAACUAUGAAUAGCUUUAUGAACUUUUGUAUGGCUAUGAAUCACACAGUAUACCUAUAAAAUAAGUAUAAUUGAAAUUUGAUAACGAAAUUUUAAUGCUCGGCUUAUUCUGAAUGAGUCUGGCGCCUCAAAAAUGACCUAACGAACUUGAAUCGAAGUAGAAAGUGUGGAAAAGCACGAAAAAUUAAACUCUUGUGCCACUUGACAAAUGUAUUUGUUGAUGUAUACAUACAUAAGUGUAGAGAGCCACGAUAGCUGAGAUACGAAAGUACGAAAUACGAAUGGCUUGAGAAUGUUUUAAAUUCGGAUCUAUUUUAUAGCAAAAAUAAUGGUGAACAUACAACAUAUAUUUUGCAUAGCCGCUAAAAUCAGACACAAAUUAGCAUUAGGACCGAGUAAGCUUAAACUUAUAACUACAAAAUAGGUGAAGGGCAGUGCCAACAUUGAGAACAUUCCCGAAGGAGGAUAACAUUAAUCUAUAUAUUUUUAUUGACAGUUUGUCAUUUCUUAGCUAGUAUAGUGUUUGGAGUAAGUCACAAAGUAUCCAAAAUGCAAAUGAAUGUGUGAAACUUAUGUGCCAUCAAGAAAAUAAUGAAGCUUAUAAAAACACGGACAGAGGAAAAAUAAUUACACCUAAGAAACGAUUUUGACAUUUUAAACGUUGUGAUUUAUAUUGUUCAUUUGAUGCAUGGUUCAGUGUUAAUAAUUAUUAUUCAGUCAUUUAUCCAAAGGGCAAGGCUUAAGCAAAUUAUAUCCAUAGGUGUAUUAAAUGUGUACAUAAGUAAAUGUGUUUAUAUCUCGAGUUGCUUAUGGACAGUUUUUCUUCCAUAUAUACAUUACAUGAAUGUUGAAUUCACCUGGAUAAAUGUAUUUUAUUGAUGCAUUCUUAGCUAGACAACAAUUAUUCGUAGCUAAGCCAAAUACAAAUAAAAAUAAAAAUACACUUAAUGCUCAAUCGGUGAGGCAGCUUGAAAAUGUGUUUUUGUAGUUUCGCAUUGCAGUUCAAAUAUAAUUUGUUUGUGCGUUGAAAUACAUAGGAAUCUAAGUGUUUAUUAAUGUCUUUUGUGUGCACAUCCAGUUCUUAACUACCAUUUAAAUGAGUAUUCCAAAUACCAAGAGGCUCCCAGUUCGCAAACUCUUAUUUCCAAGACAGUCUUUGUGUUUGUGUUUAGAUCGUUAAGUCUGUCGAAUCGGUUCUAUCUUUCAUAAUUGGGGAGGCUCCACCUUCUCGACGAUAUCAGUUCGCUCUUAUAAAUUCCACACCUAAUAUAUACCCCUAAGCAUAAGUUGAUAUUUUAUGUCAAAGUAAUCUAAUAAUAUUCGAAUUAUAUAUUAAAUACGUGAAAAAAUAUGCAAAUUUGGCGAAAACACUUUUUGAACCCAAUUAAACAAACGAAAUUUAAAAUUUAA